UUUAUAAGACUAGAUAAAAUACAUUGUAUAACGUGGCGUAUGAAUAUAAUAAUUAUCAUAAAGAUAAUUAUAAUUCGGUUGUGAACAGCCUCCUUGGACAGUACAAUUUAGUUACACUUGUUAUGCGGCUACAAAUAAGUUAUACGACUUGUGUCUUGUAUCUUAAAGUCAAAUUAAGAAAUACUUUAAUAAUAUAAUAAUAGUAUGUUGAAGUUAGCAGGGGUGUGUUAUCUAAUGCUAAAUAUUUCUAUUCUAUUGUCACUGGAGACGAGAAAUAACUUUUUCGAACUUAUCAUCGUUCAUUACAGCGAUUUUCACGGAAGAUUUAUUCCAAUUGCACCCGAUGGUGGCUUCUGUUACGAUCAAGAAAAAUGUGUCGGGGGAAUCGCUAGAGUUUCAACUAUUGUUCAUCACCUGAAGCAACAACAUCCAAACGCUAUACUCUUGAAUGCUGGUGAUUGCUUUCAAGGAACUUUAUAUUAUGACAUUUACCGUGAUAAUAUAACAGCGUACUUUAUGAAUAAACUUCCACAUGAUGCAAUUACUAUUGGAAAUCAUGAUUUUGACGACGAAAUAUGCGGUUUAGCAUCUUUUAUGAAUGAAUUACGUGCUCCUAAAGUCUUAACUAAUCUUGACUCAACCGAUGAGUAUUUGUUGCAGAAUCUUUAUACGAAUAGUACAGUUAUUCUCAAAAGCACUAAAGGCAUUGGCGUAAUUGGUGUAAUUACUUCAGACACAGAUAAAAUAUCAAAAUAUACUGGAAAGUUAAAAUUUUUGAAUGCUGUCGAAACUAUAAACUUGGAGGCUAAAAAGCUUAAAUUUAAUGGAAUAAAUAUCAUAAUUGUUCUAAGUCAUUGUGGCAUUGCGUAUGACAAAAUAAUAGCCGCCAAUUGUCCUGAUGUAGAUGUAAUUGUCGGAGGACAUUCUCAUAUUCUCCUUUAUAAUGGUAUUCCACCAUCUAAUGAAAUUCCAUAUGAUCGUUAUCCAAUAGUAAUUACACAAACAAAAUAUAAUAGAAAAGUCCUUAUUGUUCAUUCUGGCGCUUUUACAAAGUAUAUGGGUAACAUACGAAUUGUUUUCGACGAGAAUGAUGAAGUGAAGUUUUGGAAAGGAAAUCCAAUAUAUCUAGAUUCAAAUGUAAAGGAAGAUUGCCUUAUCAUUGAUGAAUUGCAAUCCUGGAAAGCAGGUGUGGAUCGAAUAGGCAAAGAAAAGAUCGGACAAGCUUUAGUCUUUCUAAAUAAUUCCUGUGAUUCAGGCGAAUGUAACUUAGCUAACUUAAUCACUGAUGCUAUGGUUUAUAAGUAUAAUAGUAAUGCAUCGAUCAGUCUUAUAAAUGCAAAUAGUAUACAAAGUAGUAUUCCUGCAGGUCCUAUUUUAUAUGAAAAUAUUUAUAUGGUGGCGCCUUAUAAUAAUACGUGGGAUUUAAUUGAGCUCCAAGGAAAGUACCUACUCGAGGCUCUAGAAGAAAAUGUCGCUGCAAGUUCGAGUAAUACAAGUUUUAUUAAUUCCAAGCUUCUGCAUUGGUCUGGGUUAAAAGUCACUUAUAACCUUACUAACAACAAGGAUAGAGUCAUUGAUGUGAAAGUCAGGUGUUUUCAUUGUCUAAACAAAGUUUUCGAAGCUCUAGAACCGCACAAACGGUACCCAAUUGUCAUUCCAUCAUAUAUAGUAUCGAAUACAAUUAUCAAAAAACAGAUAAACAAAGUAAUUGGAAAAACCAGCGACUUAGCGAAUAUUGUGAAUUAUAUAAAGAAAAUUGAUGUAGUCGAUAUAGGAAAUGAAUCUAGAAUGAUAUUUGUAUAAAGUAAUAUAAUUGUUUGUGAAUUAAUAUAAUGUUGCUGAAAACAAGAACAAAACUAUAUCGUACAUAUCGUACAUUUAAAAAUGUUAAUCCAUAGCGUUAGAAUGAAUUAUUGUUUUAAUAUUAAAACAAGGACAAUACACAAACGAAUUAAUUUAUCAACAUAAAGUCGUGCAUUACGGCACAUGUAUUUACAAAAACAUUGUAUAUAUAACUUAUAUACACAAUACAUAGUUAUAUAAAUAA